AUGAAGCUCAUAAUCACCUACGCGCAGGCGCUUUCGCUAGUGGCAGUCGCUUUGGCGGCACCGCAGACAUUCCAACAAGCAGCUGGCGGGACUGUGCCAUUUCCGCCUCAAUCGCAGCAGCCCAAGGCCUUGAGCUUUGAGCAGGCCGUGGGCCUCGUGUCGCCCGCCGGCGGCAACAUCAUAUCUAGCUCGCAGACGCCCGCACAGACAAACGGUGGAAUAUCGACCUCGGCCGGCUGCCGGAGAAAUAUCUUCAGGAAAUGGGGUACCUUGUCAGCCACGGAGAAGGGCAACUUUGUCGGUGCGAUCCGGUGUCUGACGCAGCGGCCGCCCCGAGGCGUGUGGUCCGGCGCUCGAUCUCGCUACGACGAGCUAGUCUGGGUGCAUGCCCAAAUGACCCCACGGGUCCACGGGCUCGAUCUUUUCCUGCCGUGGCACAGGUACUACCUGUUCGCGUUCCGGACCCUUCUAUCCCAGGAGUGUGGCUACAACGGCGCUAUCCCAUGGUGGAGGGAGACGAACAAUGCUGGGAAUAUUGCCGCGUCCGAUAUCUUCAGCCCGCAGUACUUUGGAUCUCUACCACCGGCCACUGGAGGUGGCGGGCAGUGCCUUAAUGACGGUGCCUUUGCCGGCCUUACCUCACGCAUCAACAACCAGUGCGUCUCCCGGGGUGAGGUCAAGUCGGAAUCGAACCAGGUAUCGGUGCAGAACGAGAACCUAUGCCAGCAAGCUUCGUCAUUCCCUCAGCACCGGGCCUGCGUCGAGUCCACGAACCACGCACGCAUGCACAGAGGCAUAGGUCCGACCAUGGCCAAUGCUGCCAUGUCGCCAUCCGAUCCGGUCUUCUUCCUCCACCAUUCGUAUGUGGACUGGCAGUGGAAACGCUGGCAGAAUGCUGCCUCGUCUCGUUGGACCACAAUCUCGGGCUGUGCCGACUUCAACAGCCCAUGUACCCCUCUGAGACGCAAGACCGUCUUAACCUCGCUUGGACUCAUCAAGAACAUGAGACUGGGCAAGUUCUUGGACACGGAGGGAAACAGACUAUGCUAUACGUAUGAUGAGUUCUAG